GAUAAACUUUUAUCUUUCGUCAUUUGUUUCUAUGGCAUUAUGCCUUUUAGCAGUUUCUCAUUGUCUCAAGCAUAGAGUCCAAAUGCAUAAAUCCUUAAUAUGAUCUUGGUUACCUCAGUAAAAGUUGCUUUAAGAGAUACAAACAAUACAAUUCUGUUAGAAAACUAUCUUCAUCUGGACUUUCUGCUUGUCCCAGCCAUGGCAACAAAAUCACCAUGGUUUCAAUCUUUUAAGCUUUCACCAUGACCAGGUUAUUUUGCUACGCGAGGACAAAAACUUUACUUUCAACCUUGUUGAGGUCAUACUGAGUGAAUUCCCUUAAUAUAAGUAAAACACAGGUUACUGAAAGCCUAACAUCACCAAGACUAAAAAUUUGAUCAAAUCUGCUUUGUUAGCUAGCACUUUAACUGGUCUUGGAGUUGGGAUCAUGGAUCAAAUCUCAAUCCCCACCAUUGAUUUCAGUGUUUUCCAGGGUGAUCACAAUCAUCUUCAAGAGUGUGGGAGAAAUGAAUUGAUCAACAAUGGCAUCGUAGAUCCUUGGUUUGAAUUGGACAGUGAGGAUCUUGAUUCUCUUUACACUGUAUUUGACCUUAAAUAUCAAGAGAAUCCAUCAGACAAACAAGUCAAGUUAUUAGAAGAUCAUCAACAAAACAUUUCAGAUCAUUGGACCCAAAGUGAUGAUUCUUCCAACAUGGACUUGCCCCUGCAGCCUAUCCAAAUUCAAAUGACACCCAAAGCAUCUAAUGGGAUUCAGCCUCAGGUGCCAAGGCUUGACAAUUUCCAUGGAGAGAAAACAACUUCCAUUUCUUUAGCAUCUUUGGAGUUCUUGAACAAUUGUGGGAGAUUGUUUCAGAAAUCAAGCGAGGAAAACUUGAGCAACAUACUCAACAACGAGGCUCGUGUAAGUAACAUCCCUAAGUUAUCAACAGAAGAAAUCUUACGAGUUGCUGGAGAAAGAUAUAUCCAAUAUUCCACCCAAAGGGUAGAUGGUCUUUCUAUGUUUAUACAUCCGUAUGCUUCAUCACUUUCGGGCCUUUCUAUAGAGCAAACAAAGGACAUGGAACUUGUUCACCUCCUUCUAGCUGCUGCAGAAGAAGUGGAUCAGCAGCAAUUUCAUUUGGCUAGCCAAUCUAUUGCACACUGCCUGUGGAAGGCAUCUGUUACAGGUAAUCCGAUCCAGAGACUUUGUUUCUAUUUUUGUGGAGCUUUACAAGAAAGGAUUGAUCGAGAAAUAGGAAGGUCCCUGUGUUUUGAAAGAAAGUUAAGGUUUUUAAGCACUCUGGCAUUAGGUACUACACAUGAAUCCUUAACCUGCCAUACAGAAAUUCCCUUCAGUCAAGUAAUGCAAUUCGCGGGAAAUCAGGCAAUAGUUGAAAAUGUUAAAGGUGCAACCAAGAUCCAUUUGGUUGAUUUUAAUAUCAGAAGUGGAAUUCAGUGUACAGGCUUGAUGCAAGCUCUUUCAGAACAACGCGACUGUCCAAUUGAGCUUCUGAAGAUAACAGCCAUUGGACACCAAGAAAAAGAGAAAAUCGAAGAAACAGGCAAGAGAUUACAAAGUUUUGCCAAUUUCUUGAAUCUUCCCUUUUCAUUUGAUAUGGUCUUUAUGUCUGACAUGAAAGAUCUUAAGGCAGAAUCAGUCAAUGUUAAAGCAGAUGAAACAGUGGCAGUCUAUUGUUACACUGUACUUAGAACAAUGAUCUGCAGGCAAGAUUAUUUGGACAACACGAUACGAGUAAUCAGAGGACUAAGACCAUCUGUGGUUGUUGUCUGUGAAAUUGAAGCAAACCAUAAUUCACCUUCAUUUUUGAAUCGUUUCGUAGAGGCACUUUUCUAUUACAGUGUGCUUUUUGAUUGCUUUGAGGACUGCAUGGAUAGAGACAAUUUGGUUAGAAAGAGGAUUGAAGUAUUUCACAUUGGUGAAGGUAUCCGGAAUAUGGUUGCAGCUGAGGGUGCAGAAAGGUUCACUCGGAAUGUAAAGCUUGAUGUAUGGAGAGCAUACUUUGCACGGUUCAGAAUGGUGGAAAUGGAGCUCAGUGAGUCGUCGCGAUAUCAAGCAAAUCUGAUUCUCAAACAAUUUUCCCAUGGCAGUUCCUGCAUUGUUCAAAAUGACGGGAAGGCCCUCCUAGUUGGAUGGAAGGGAACACCCAUUGAAUCUGUUUCAAUUUGGAAGUUCUUGUAAACACGCUGAAAAGGGCAGCUUUAAGGACAAUUCCAUGUUGAGAAAAUCAGUAGGAUACUUGAUCUAUCUUCUAUAUACCCUUAAGAAUUGUUGUAGCUAGGCAAAAGGUGCAAGCAAACACACAUUGAGGAUAAAACGAGAGAAAGUCGCUUGUGAUGGUUGGGUUAUGUCCAGCGUUGGCCUCCAGAUGCAUUGGUCCACAGUUGUGCAACUAUGGCGAGUAAAGGUGUUAAAAAAGGGACGGAAUAGACCUAAAUCAUAUGAAAGGAAGUUGUCUCAAAAGAUCUACAAUCUCUUGGAUUUUUCAUAUAGGUUUAGCAAAAAAUAGGGCACAAUGGAAGAAGAGGAUCAAUAUAUGUGAUACCAACUAGUUGGGAAUAUGUUUUAGUCAUAUUAGUACAUUUACAAAAGGUCCUAUGUUUUCAAAGAAUAUUUUAGUUCUGCUGAAGAUUUAUAA